CACUACACCACACUGGCUCUCAGAUAUACCCUGUAUUUCUAAAUUUCCAGUUUAUUCUGAACACAGACAGCCUUAUUUAACAUAAGGCUCUUUACUAGACUUCAUGUGUGGUAUUAAAACAACCUGUGUCUGCAUUCUUGAAUGUCUUCAUCUGUAGUCAUUAUCAUUGAUUUACAAUAUGUUUCUGUACUUAAACAGCCAAAGAUAAAUCUGAGAAAAUAUUUGCCCUGGCGUUUGUUAAAUUGAUGAGAUAUGAUGGAACAACACUACGGGAUGGAGAGCAUGAUCUUAUAGUGUACAAGGUAUUAUUCUAACCAUAUGCUGCAGUACUUUGAGAAUACAAAUAUUUAAGGAAUAGUUAUUUUGUACAGUGUGAUGUAGAAAUAUAGCUUUUGCCUAUAUUCAGAUGUUAUUCCCUUAGUAACGGAAAAAUAAUGUGGGUUAUAAGGAAGAAGAGUGAAACUUCACUUUUAUACAGCUGCUUAAGAAAAAAUUAAAACAACUUACUGAGCCCACUACGCUUUCUUAGUUUAGAUCUUAGUUUGGAGCUUUUCUAAUGGAUAAUGUGAAACAUUUUCCUUUUUUGUUCAUUCUUCCCUCUAGGUAGGUAACUUGGAAUAUUGGUGGGUUUAACAGGUGUUGAAAAGCCAUUAAUUUUGCUGUGUGACAUGUUUUUGAUCUACUCUUUGAAAGCUUUGAGGGGGAAAGUGUAUUCAAGUUGUGAUUAAAUAAGCUGUGAUUAAAUGCAGAAUAAAAAAUGUUUUCAGCAGCUAUACUUAAUAUUUGCAUUUUAUUUGGGAAUAAUGUUGCAGGCAGAAGCAAAGAAGCUAGAAGAUUUUUCGACUUAUUUAAGCUUGCCCUCUACUAAAAUAGAAUUGGAGGAAAAAGGUCACUCAACGGCUGGCAAGGGCAUGCAAAAUCUUGGAAGCUGCACCAUCAGUAAAGAUUCCUUUCAGAUUUCUACUCUAGUUUGUUCAACGAAGCUAACUCAAAAUGGUGAGGAAGAUUAUCACAUCCUAGAAUAAAAAAUCUGAUGUAUUUUAGGAGGGUAUGCUUCUUACAAAUUUAUUUUAUUCAUAGCAAUUAAUCUUAUUAACUUACUUUACCUUGAGACUGCCUUUCAGCCAGAUGACAAGAGUUAAACAAUAUAAAAAUGACACAAGUUAAACCAAUGUAAAAAUAGAUUUGGGGAAAAAAUGAAACACAGUUCAGCAGCAAGCAUAAAACAUGCUUAUAAUCCACUCCAAAUGUAUGAAAAGAUACACUGAUGUAAAAAGAAAUAUAAACACUGAGGGAAAUAGGUGAGAGGGAGUUCUAUAAACGGAAAACCGCUACAGAGGAGUCCCUAAUCUGAGUCACAUUUACAACAGGCCUUACUGGUUGACAGAUCAUAAGAGAAGCUGCCCCUGCAGAUCGCACUUUAAAUUGGGCACAGUAGCAAGUAGACACCCAGAACAGCUCCUGGGAAGUUGGUGUUCUAUGACAUUUUUUCACUGUGCUGUUCAAAACUCCUGUGGCAAGAAGAGCCCGAUGUAGAACACAUUUAUGGUACUCUAACCAGGGUAUUGGCCACUGUGCCCAGGCUAUGCUGGCCUAGGAAAGAACAUAGUUGGUGAACCAUGCAUAGCUAAAAGUAGGUAUUCCUAGCCAUGGAAGCCACUUGAGCCUUGAGUGACAAAGCUGAAUUCAGGAGUAACUGGUCCUUCAGGGCGAAUGCGAAACCCUACAGGUAGUUUUCUGAAAUUUCCUGGCAUGAGAAUCAUCCAUCGACAGUGCAUCUGCCUUGUUGGAAUUCAACAUGGAUGUGUUAUUUAAGCAUGCUUUUUAGUCACAGAUUCCCACAACUUGGUUCACAAAAUGCAAAUUGAAGUCGCACAAACAGUUUGAACUGAAACACCAAAAUAAAAUGGUACUCUGUUUAAUCUGUUCAUUCUUUGUACGAUUUCACCUGCAUCCUCAAGGAAAGGACUUGUUUUAGUGGUGCUUAAUAGAUACCUCUCUUUCCCACUCCCACUUUGUACAAACACCCUGUGGUUAUAAUAGGUACCCAGACAAGGAGGAGAACUGAAUGAGGAUUAUGUGGGGGCAUGUUGAUGAACCCAUCAUUCUGCAGUUCUCUGAGAAACAGCUUUGCUGAGUCCCAUGUUAAGUGCUCUGCAUGUAGAUGAUGUGCCUGUUCUAGAAUAAUUAUACCCAUAAAUGUUUUUUUAAUCACAUUUAUAAUUUUGUUAUCUGCUUCCCCCUUUUUCCUUUUAGAUGUUCACUGGGACCUUUGUUAGAAGCAAUACUCUUGCUUCAGGAUAUGAUUAUGAAUUUAGGAAAAAGAAAUAAAGAAGUGCUCCCAAUAGCUUGUAAUGCAGGGGUUGGAGUAGAUAGGGAACUGCUGUUCAGGAAGGCAAAUAAGAACCUUUGAUGAUCAGCUUCUAGAUAAACAGUUCUGUUAAAAACUGUAUUAGAAAAUUAAGGAAUGAACAUAGGUGGUUUUACUGUUCAGCUGGGUUGAAGAAAUGCACAGGUAAUGAUAUCUGGACACUGGAUAAAUUGUUAUUCUUGGUGAAAUGGAAAUCUGACAUCUGACUGCCAUUUUUGGCAACUGCCUCAUGUUUUUUGGACCUGAUUGACAUAUGUGACAUUUAAGGAAAAGCUUUUGUUAUUUUGCAGUGUUAUUUUGCAGUGUUCAGCUCCACAAUGAUUUUCAUGCAUUGUUGAGGCAAUGGUAAUUCUUAAAGCAUUUUCAAUAUUUAAACAAACGCUUACAUUUGUAAUUCAUGUGUUAAAGCCGACAAUAAGUCUGUGUUGAAGCUGCCUUUAUUGGUAGACAAAACCAUAAUUGACUUUAGAGAGUAAUUUCUUCAUUUUUGAAGUUCUCCUGUAUUAUUUCUGUCAACUUUAUUCAGUAUGUUAAAUAAGGUUUUAUGGUUA